UUUUUUUGUUUUUUUUUUUGUUGAUGAAUAGUAAGACUGACGUCAACAUAACGCUUGAUCUUAAAGACAGAAAGAAGGAUGCUCUAUCACUGACCAAUUAAAACUCCGUCAAGAUGCAAUAAAACCAUGAGCGUAUUUGUUAUUCUCUUUCUUUCUUUUUGUUAUUUUUUCCUUAUUAUAUUACACUAUGGCAUUAGGUUUUGGCAGCAAAAAGAAACAAGCCAAUGAAGAAGAAACACCCACCACCAGUGAUGUGGAUCAACUCUCUAUGAACAACUUUGAUGCUAAUGAGAAGGGUCAAUUCAAAGAAUUCAAAGAGUUUAUCAAGACUGUCAUUAGCUUUACAGGUGAUCUCUCUUCUUUAACUUGCCCUGCUUUCUUUUUAAACGGCCUUUCUCUAUUGGAAUAUGGUACUUAUUGGGGUGAUCAUCCUGCUGCUUUUACAGCCAUUAGUCAAGCACCUACACCAGAAGAACGAUUGUUGGCUAUUUCUCGUUGGUUCAUGUCAACACUUUAUGGUAGUUAUGCUUCUCGUUGUACAGAUGGAAAAUAUGAAAAGAAGCCUUACAACCCUAUUUUGGGUGAAAAGUUCUUUUGUAAGAUGGGUGAUGCUACUUGUGUUUGUGAACAAGUGUGUCAUCAUCCACCCAUCUCUGCUUUUUACCUUGAAGAUGAAAAAGCAGGUGUUUCCUUGAAUGGUCACAGUGGUCAAAAAUCCAAAUUUAAGGGUACUUCAAUCAAGGUAGAACAAGUAGGCAGAGCUGUGUUGUAUCUGAAGCAAUUCGAUGAACAAUACAUGAUUGAUUUUCCUGACUUGAUGAUUCGAGGUGUAUUGACAGGCGGUUGCUUCAUUGAACUGAGUGGUACUUGUACCAUUGCAGGUUCAAACAACACAAAGGCUGUGAUUGAAUUUGUUCCUAAACCAUGGUUCGGUGGUGAAUAUAACCAUAUCAAGGGCUCAUUGUAUAUCGAUAACAAACUCGCUUACGUACUCUCGGGCCGUUGGAGUCAUCAGUCGUUUUAUGCCAAGCCUCAUUCGGAUCAAAAAGAAUUGUUGUUUGAUGCAAAGGCUGAACCCAUGGCAGAGCGUGUUACUGCGCCUGUAGAACAACAAGAUGCGUAUGAGACACAUCGCGUAUGGGGUCCUGUGACAAAGGCAUUAGAAGAAAAGAACUUUAAGGCAGCCAAUGCUGAAAAGACCAAGAUUGAAGAUUGGCAACGUAAAGUGCGUAAAGAGCGUGAAGAAAAGAGUGAAGUCUGGAGUCCUUCUUUGUUUGUGUUCCAAAAGGACACAGAGACAGAUGAUGUGUAUCAUCAAAAGAAUGCUGAAAUCAAGAAGCAUAUGGAUUCUAAGCAUCACUUGGACAAUGGCGCUUGGACUUAUAAUAAAUCACUACAUAUCAGUUCUUAAUCUAAUUUAUCAUCACAGUUACAUAGAAACACACUUUUCUUUUUUUUCUUUUUUUAAUAAACAUUUCUCUUUUUUUUUUUUUCUCAAUUA